AAAGAGAGCAUUCCUGUGGUACGAGACACAAAUUUAUUUAUAGACGGAACAUAAGUUGGACAAAAACGACGACGGUUACGAGUACGAGACACAAAUCAAGUGACUGCAACUUGUGAGGCUUCUCACUUCUCAGUCACUCUUAAACCCCUUUAAACCUCUGGUCUGGUGGUUAUUGUUGAACACACAACACAAAGGAGCUCCAACGAAGAUGCAGGGUGCCGUAAGAAAACUAACCAGGAUAAUUUCACACCGACAAGUUGUAGGUUUUCGUUCCUAUUGCACUGACAAGGUGGUUGUUGAUAUUGGACAACCAACCUCUGCGUCUCAUCCGCAGCUACUAAAAGAUGGGGAGCUCACACCGGGUAUAUCUACUGAGGAAUAUAUCCUAAGAAGAAAAAAGUUGUUGGAUCUUCUCCCGGAGAAGAGUUUGGCAAUCAUUGCUGCUGCCCCAGUAAAGAUGAUGACAGAUGUUGUGCCUUAUACAUUUCGACAAGAUGCCGAUUACUUGUAUAUCACAGGCUGCCAACAACCUGGUGGUGUGGCUAUUUUAGGACAUGACUGUGGUUUAUGCAUGUUCAUGCCAGAAGCUAAGCCUAAUGAUGUGAUUUGGCAAGGGCAGAUAGCAGAAGUUGAUGCAGCAUUAGAUACAUUCAAGGCUGACAGGGCAUAUCCAAUGAAAAAAUUGCAAGAGAUCCUUCCAGAUAUGAUAAGGGGAUCAUCAAAAUUGUUCCACAAUGUCGAGACUGCAACUCCUGAAUAUAUGGAACUGGAAGCCUUCAAAAAGCUAGCUUACUGUAACAAUGUAAAGAAUCUAGCUGUUUAUACCCAUCAACUGCGAUGGAUAAAGUCACCAGCAGAGCUCAAGCUGAUGAAGGAAUCUGCAUCAAUUGCUUGUCAGGCUCUUUUGUUGGCAAUGUUGCAUUCAAAGACAUUCCCUUUUGAAGGUAUGCUAGCGGCAAAGGUUGAGUAUGAAUGCAAAAUUAGAGGUGCUCAGCGGAUGGGGUUCAAUCCUGUGGUUGGUGGCGGGCCUAAUGGAAGUGUUAUACAUUAUUCUAGGAAUGAUCAGAGAAUUAAACAUGGUGAUCUUGUUUUGAUGGAUGUUGGAUGUGAGUUACAUGGUUAUGUCAGUGAUCUUACUCGUACCUGGCCACCUUGUGGUAGCUUUUCUUCUGCCCAGGAGGAGCUUUAUGCGCUUAUACUGGAAACAAAUAAGCAUUGUGUGGAACUUUGUAAGCCCGGUGCCAGUAUUCGGCAAAUACACAACCAUUCGGUUGAAAUGCUGCAGAAAGGACUCAAAGAGCUCGGGAUUUUGAGAGAUGUUGGAAGCAGUUCUUACCAUAAGCUGAACCCAACUUCUAUAGGUCACUAUCUAGGGAUGGACAUUCAUGAUUGUUCAACGGUCAGCUUUGACUGUCCUCUGAAGCCAGGUGUUGUAAUAACUAUUGAACCAGGAGUGUACAUCCCAUCUUCUUUUAAUGUUCCAGAGAGGUACCGAGGCAUUGGGAUACGGAUUGAGGAUGAGGUUCUCAUCACAGAAACUGGUUAUGAGGUCCUAACAGCAUCAAUCCCAAAAGAAGUGAAGCAUAUUGAGUCCUUGCUGAACAAUUUCGGACAACUAAAGAGCUUAUAGCCCAAUUGAUAUAUUGGCCAUACGCUUGCAUGGCACUGUCCAGAGCAGUAACUGAAUUUCUAUCCUUUUGUUUUGGUCUCCUGCAUAUUUUUUCAACCUGGGAACACGUGUACUCUAUAAUCUUGACGGGGAAAACAAGGUGAUGGUGGUGGGGUUGUCAUUUAUGGUGUGUUUGGAUUUUGAUAAGAGAAAAGAAAUAGAGAGAAAAAAAAAUAUGGAUGGCAAUAUAUAUAUAUAUAUAUAUAUAUAUAUAUAUAUUUACUCUAGCUACAACUUCAAAAUAAUUUCUUUCUUUCUAUUUUCUCUUCAAUACAAAAAAAACUCUUUUCUUACUUUCUUUCUUUUGAACCAAAUGGAACUUUAGUAGUUUAUUGUUGUUCCUUUGGCUAGACGUGUUCCCCAUGUUUUGGUGCCGAAUCAUGGCUCAUUUCAUGUCGGGUGCUUCAUUGUUGUAAAUGAUUGAUGAUUCAUGAUAACAACAAAUGGCCGACUCCAGAUACUAAAUUGUUCACUGUUGUUGGAAUGUAA